AUGAUACCGUGGGACGUAAUAAAUCUACAAGAUUCUGUUGACGACCGACUAGCCGCCUUUAACGCUUUGUUCCUGACAUGCUUAGAUAAACACGCCCCCGAGAAAGUCAUUAAACUUAAAUAUAACCCAAAACCAUUCAUCAAUAGGGAGUUAAGGUCGUCAAUACGAAACAAAUCCCAAAUUUGUCAAAUAGCAAGAGCUACUGGGACAUUAGAGAAUUGGAAUGCUUUUAAAUCAUUAAAACGGAGGAUCAAAUGUGCCAUCAGACAAGCGGAAACAGAUUAUUUCAAUAAAGAAAUUCUCUCUAAUAAAAAUUGCCGCGGUGCAAUUUGGAAAACAAUCCGUCGUGCAAUACCAAAAUCACCUAGCCAGCAGUUGACCUAUAUCAAAGAUACAGUAUCCUUAUCUAAUCAAUUUAAUGUAUUUUUUACAUCCGUUGGGCAACAAGCUGCUACAUCUUCAAGAAAGCUUGCUGUAGAACAUGGGCUACAAGUAUCAGAAUCAGUUCUCCCCGUGCGAUAUCCUGAAGAUGAGUUAUUUUAUUUCAGACCAGUAACAUGUGAGGAGAUAAAUAAAGUUAUCCUGUCAAUGCCCAACAACAAAGCACCGGGAUAUGAUAAAGUCCCAGUUAAAGUAAUUAAGAACUGUCUCCCUGAAAUUUCGGAUACUGUCACCACGCUGAUAAAUCUAUCCUUCGAGAGUAGCACAUUUCCACGUGAAUGGAAAAAGCGGUAG